CGUAUACGUAUAAGGACAAGUGCCCCUUGCAAAAACAUAUUCGUUACGGAAGUUCGCAUCGUACAUGGCUCAAAAUAUAGUGUUCUAUAAAUGUUUAAGUGGUGGACGUGGAAGUUAAAUGUACUUACUGCACCCAAAGAAGUGUGCGUUGAUGAUAUCGAAGUUAAAAUUGCAUUACUAUUUAAUUGAAUCGUGUGCGCUAAAUGGGAAAAGUUAAGUGAUUAGAGGCACACAAAGUUUGGCGAAUUAUGUGAAAGUUUUAAUGCGAAUCAACGGGCGAAAGAGGCAAAUACAAUGUGCCGUUAAUUGGAGCAUCGACAAGAACAGGAGCUGGAGGACACACAACGAGGCGGGGAUAACGAGCGGUAGCAGUGGCAGAAGACCAACCUAGAUUCAAAGUUCGUGCCAUAAAUCUGCAAGUUGCAUGGAACUAAUACCCCACCACCAGCAGGAGGAGGGGGUGGCGCAACAGGAGGCAGUCUAGGUGGUGCAUGCAACACACACACACACCAUUGGUUAGUGGGUCACUCGAAGAUGAUGACGUUGAUGACCGCAACCGCAGAAACAACAGAAACAGCAGCAGCAGCAGCAGCAAAAACAAGCAACCGCCUUGCAGGGUAAAAUUAUAUAAAAUUAUCAUGCAGGUCGGCGGGUCACAGCGAGCAGCAAGUCGGCCCCUUGACGGUGGCAGACGGCAGGAAAAGGCAAAGGCUACGCUGCAGCGGUGGGUCGCAUGACGUACACGACCGUAACGUGAGCACCAGGGGGCUGCUGGCCAAUUUGUCCGAAAAAGGAGGAGACAAACGGAGCACCCAACCAACCGAACUGAGCCACUAACCAAGCGGAAACUGCAAGUGCAAGUGCAACUGCAAGAGAAACAGAAAACUGAAACAAAAGCGACAUCAAAAGUGCACACAACAAUUGAAACUUUUCGGCCCGAAUGGCAAAAGUUUUCGAACAAUUGCCACGGCGUUGGGGCGAGCAGCGUUGAACAGCGACGACAAAAAUGUCAAAAUGGAGAAGUUAACGUUGCCGCGUCUUUUGCAGCGACUGCAGCUGUUGGCGUUGCAACUGGCCACCACACCCAGCAGGCAGCCGCCACACCAGCAACAGCAACAGCAACAACAGCAGCAGCAGCAUCCACACCCACACGGCUGCCAUCUGAUGGCCAUGCAGCUCUGUCAGGCCAUGCUCCUCUAUGGCUGCCUCCUGCUCCUCCAUGCGUCCGUCUCCGUGUCUGCCUCGGCCUCGCACACGGCGCUGGCUCUGAAUCUCUCAUCAGCCAUUGAUCUGAACCAACUCAAACACCAUCCAGAGCAGCAGCAGCAGCAACAACGCGCACAGAAACGUGACGCUGCCAAUGUGCCUGACGAUGACUAUGAUGGCAGUUAUCCGGACGAUAUCGACGAACUUGAUGCCUUGCUAAAUAAUAAGUCAGCAAAGGGGAAGUACAUUGGGGCGCCGUGCAACGAGCUGAAGUGCGACGUGAAGCUGCUACAUGUGGCCUGCGACAAGGAGACGCAGACCUGCACAUGCGAACGGAACUAUCCCGUGCAGCUGGGACCGAUAAAGGGCUGCGCCAAACCUAAAAAGCUGGGCGAUCAGUGUUUCUACGAUGAGACGUGCACCUACAACGACGAGAACUCCCUUUGUGUUCAGGUGCGCCACAAUGCAAUGUGCCAGUGUGCCAGCGGCUUCCACUCGGUCAGCUACACGAAGCCGACACGGCGUGUCUUUUGCACGCCAGAUCUCAGCGAGCUGAGCUCGGAUCUGCCCACGCUGCUGGGCGUCUCCACGGGCAUUGCCGUGCUGGCAGGGCUCAUCUGCAUGGUGCUGCAUUUGUUCAGCAAGACCAAGUACCCCAGGCACCGCAACUACGGGGAUGCCAGCAUUCCGCCGCCCAUUCUUUACUCCAGCGAUACAGGGAUACCGCUGACAGUGCACUCGGCACGGCCGUCGUCGCGGUCUAGCAUACGUUCGACGGGAUCGAUUGGCUCCUUUGGGCAGCGACGGGCUUCGGUGGGAGGACAGGCUAGCGGAGCAGCAGGUGGAGCUGGUGGUGGAGGUGGAGGAGGUGUUGCUGGAGGUGGCGGUGGAGGAAGCGGAGGUGGAGGCGGCGGCGGCGGCGGGUCGAAGGGCAUACUGGUGUCGACGUCUCGUACAGGUUCUCGAAGACCAAGUCUAGCAUCGGUGCACAGCACGAGUUCCUCGGUGCGCAGCUACAGCAUGAUGCGGUUCGAGAAGGAGGCACAACAGAAAGAGAUCCGGCAGGAGAUGAAGCUGCGGCUGGCCCGCCUGCAGCAGCAGCAGCAUCUCACGCAGAACAAACCGCAGAUAGUCAUCGGUGAGGCGUUGCUUCAGCAUGGGGCCUUGGGUCGAGUAACCAUCCCCACGCAGCCCCUGACGCCCAACUCACUGGACGAGCUGCUGCCGUCACUGGAUGAGAAUCAAGAGUAUCCACCCAGGCUGGAGGGGACAUUCAAGCAGCUGGUGCAGCCAGGAACCUCAGCUUGUGGCGGCGGAGGAGCUGGCGCCCUGCGAGCAGCUGCCGCCCAAUCGUCUCCGGCCAGUGCAAACGGCUACCACGGUCCCUGCAGCUCAUCGACUGAGGCCCUCUAAAGCUAACCCGGUACCCCGUGAACCCGGGGGACAUCCAUAAAUACACACAAGUAUUAAAGUAUUCAAGUAGAUUGUAAGCGAAGAAAACCCAAAGUUCUCAUCUGAUUUGCUGUAGCAAAUUAAAUUGAACGUCAAACGUGUUGUAGAUUCAGCUUAGAUUAUGUGUAACAUAGUAAGCCCCGUGCCCCAUGCCGCCUAAGCAGCCUACCCCUCCUAGGCCUAGGCUAAGUUUCGUUUACCAACUAAGCGAGUUCUCAAAUUAGUAUUGUAUUAUAUAUUUAGAAGUACGUAGCAAGAGAGAGAGUGGGAGAGAGAGUUAAUCGAAACAUUUUAUACGUGUGUGUGUAUUGUCAUACAGUUUUGUAGAAGUUAUUUACAAAUUAAUUCGAUGGAUUAUGCGGUGCGCCUGGGGUCGGGGAUCCUUCUUCAGAGACUCGAAUCGUUUCCACCCUGACCCCAUUCGUUCCGAUUCGAUGGAUCAUCAUGAAUUGAUUAGUUUAAAGCUUAGUCUAGGCUAGUGUUUAGUGUUUAUCGUUAGGGUGAGAUAGUACUGAUAAAAUAUACGCGAAAUGAAUUUAUAAAUUGAAAGUUUAUGA